UCUCUGCCCUGCCGAGAGCUGGUGAGCACAGCCCUUCGGAGUCCGCGUCCUCGGUGUUCCAGCUGCGUCGAGCACCAUGGCCACGCGGUACCUCCUGGUUUUCUUCCUGGUCCUCUUGGUGUUAGGGCUUGAGGUCCGGGGGGCCUCGCUGCUGCAGGCGGACGAACCCGGCAGCCCAGCGCUGCUCUCGCAGGUGCAGGACUCCAUCUACCGGUACUGGGACUCCGCCAAGACGGCGGCGCAGGGCCUCUACAGCAAGACCUACCUGCCCAGCUUAGACGAGAAAAUCAGGGGCUUAUACAGCCAGAGCACAGCGGCUAUGACCACCUACGCAGGGAUCAUGACUGACCAGCUCCUCGCUCUGCUGAAAGGAGAGCAGUAA